AUCAUAACUUAGUCCGUUGAAUUUGUAUUUAUAUAUCACAACCUUCUCGUUUUAUUCUUGUACAUCUUUAAAGUGAGAUAAAAGACGUGCUUAUAUGAUUGAUUACUACGAGAUUUUUCUUUGAAUCCGUUUGACGACUAUACAACGAUUAUAAAAACGCAAAAUUAUCCUGUUCCUGUGAUCCAACUCGAAUUCGAACACGAAAAGCAGCAUCAUGAAUUCCAUCGAAUUCGAAGACUAUAUCAGUGAAAAUGAAGAAGAAAUCGAUAUUAUGAAUGUUGACGAUGUCAGGACAUCAUUAGAAACGAGCAGAGACGAUAUGGCUUCUGAUGCUGCAACAUUACAAAUAUCGUCAACCGAAAAUUACUUUACACAUUAUAAGAUGGAUCUUAAACGUGGUAUAGCUAUAAUCUUUAAUCAAAACUUUCGUGACUUAUAUGUGGUCACUAGCACUACUGGUACUAAUGUAUGUUGCAGUAAUCUUAUUAAUACAUUACACGGACUCGGCUUUGACAUAUGGAACUGCCAAAAUUUUAUGUAUGCAAAUGUAAUAGAAACUUUAAUAAGAGUUGCAAAAUUGGACCAUUUUGAAAAUGAUUGCUUGAUAGUAAUCAUGUUAAGCUACGGCAACAGCAUAAAAUAACAGAUGUUCACUUUAAUCGUUUUACUGUCCAAAAAUGUCCGACUCUCGCAGGAAAACCUAGGUUUUUUUUAUUCAAACUCGCCAUACUGAUGAA